AUGCCGCCGAAGUUGGAUCCAAGCCAGAUCGUUGAUGUGUACGUCCGUGUAACCGGAGGAGAAGUCGGAGCCGCGAGUUCUCUAGCUCCGAAGAUCGGCCCACUCGGUCUCGCUCCAAAGAAGAUCGGAGAAGACAUCGCCAAGGAAACCGCAAAGGAAUGGAAAGGACUGCGAGUCACCGUCAAGCUCACUGUGCAGAAUCGUCAGGCUAAAGUGACGGUGGUUCCAUCAGCGGCCGCACUUGUGAUCAAGGCGUUGAAAGAGCCGGAGAGAGACAGGAAGAAGGUGAAGAACAUCAAGCAUAACGGGAAUAUCUCGUUCGAUGAUGUGAUUGAGAUCGCUAGGAUCAUGAGGCCUAGAUCUAUUGCUAAAGAAUUGAGUGGAACUGUGAGAGAGAUUCUGGGGACUUGCGUUUCUGUUGGAUGCACUGUUGAUGGGAAAGAUCCGAAAGAUAUUCAACAAGAGAUUCAAGAUGGUGAAGUUGAUAUUCCUGAGAAUUGA